AUGAUAUUUGCUGAUGAGUACAUAGAAUGCGAGCUCUUGAUUCUCGUCAUUGUUUUGGUCCUUCACAAGCCUCAAGCUUACAGGCACUUGCUCUUCAACGUGCUCCACCGCAAUAAUUCAGAUUUUGACACCUUAUUGUUCAAAGCAUCCUUCUUUUUCCUCUUUGUUGAUGCUUACAAGUUAUGGAUUUUGAAUGAGACCUCAAAAGAGUUGUCGGUUUUGAGUCUUUUGACAUUGGGAUUGAAAACUUUGGGAUGUUCCCUUAUAGGGAAUCUGGUGUUCUUUUGUGUUCUUUUUGUGUUUUCAAGGAGAUUUUAUACUUUUAUAGAGGAUUUUUCUGGGUUCAAAGAUGUGUUGCUCACCGUGGUUGCUUCAAGUUACUUGAAGAUUUAUAUGUUGUCCAUGUUGAUCUGGGAAUUCCCUGCUUCAAUGGUUCAUAUCAUUGAUUUGUUUGUUAUGUCGUCUAAUCUGGUAGCUCUACGGGUGAUCUCUGAAUCAUCUUUUACUAAAUGUGUCGGGUUGUGCCUCGGUGCCCAUGCCAUUAAGUUCUUUGUAAACUGGAUGCUAAAAUAGUGACGAUGUUGCUGUUGAAUUCUGGGUCAUUCACUCAUUCAUUUACAGGAUUCCAUACUUCUAUUCUCGGUUAUCGAGAUAUAGUGAGUUGGGUGCCUUAAGAUCUAUUCGCGGUUAAUGAACAUGUUUAGAGAGAACACUCAUUUUUUAUUUUGACUGAAUGAAUUAUCUGGUUUCCUUGAUCUAGAAUAAAAUGUGUUUAUUAUGUUGCACUUUGAGCACAAUUUUUUUAGUAGCAGGUUGGUAACAUCUAACAUGGAUUCCUAGAAGAAUCCAGCUGAAACUAAAUCAUCUGCUACUGCACCAACUCCAGCAAUUGCUUCAUGUCGGAGGAAGAAGAAAGAUGAUGCGACUUUCCUAGAGGAUUCAAAGG